CGCAAAACCGUGACACGCUGGGGGGUAGAUCUUGACAGCUGUGGUUAUUUCCCACCCUAUUUGUAAACGGAGAUCGGUUUUAACGGACGUGUCAGAUGAAUGCUGGAAUCUACUAAACCGGUUAAUUCACAGAAAGAAGACGGUGGACAGAUUUUCAACUGCUAUGGGGAUACUCGAUUUCUUCAUGCGUAAGUCCCACUCUGGGUCAGACAUGUCUGUGAUAGUGGGAGAGGGGCGGGUCAUAGCCUGGAGGGUCACCAGAAGCAUCACCUACUACUGCACCAGCGAUACCCCUGCCCCCUCUCCUCCCACCUCCUCCUUAUCCUCCCAUCUAGACUCUCCUCUUCCCUCCCCCUCCUACUCCCUCUCCACCCCCUUUAUCUCAGACAUGCCCUCUCACCCCACCGUUUCCUCAACUCUCACCCCUUCAUUUUCGGAUGUACCAACCCUUUCUCCAUCCUCGCCCUCCUCCUCCCCCCGUCCCCUCCUCCUGCUCCUCCCGUGGCUUGGCGCCCGACCGGGGGCCAUGGCGAAGUACCGGGACCUCUACCUGGAACGCGGCCUGGACAUCCUAUCUGUGGAGAGCACUGUGUGGCACUUCCUGUGGCCUCGCUGGGGGCUGGAGUAUGGGUCUGAGGUCCUGGAGGUCCUGGGAGACCCGCGUUUCAAAGGGCGCCCCCUUCUGGUCCACGCCUUCUCCAUCGGUGGGUACACCUUCACCCAGCUGCUCAGCCAGAUGGCCAGGGAGCCACACAAGUACCCAGGCCUGGCCCAACGUGUUGUAGGACAUGUCUAUGACAGCAUGGUGGUCGGGUCGCUCGAGCAUAUGGCUACAGGCCUGGGCAAGACCCUGUUCCCUCGUAUCGAGCCCCUGGUGCGAUACACCGCUCUGCUCUACUUCUGGCUCUUCAAAUCCCAGACGGUGCACUACUAUGACAACUCAGUCCAGGUCUUCUACAACAGCCCCGUCACCGCCCCGGCGCUCUUCUUUUUCUGCGAGAACGACGCGAUGUGCGACCCCGUCGCCAUGGAGGCGGUACUCGACUUCUGGAGGAAGCGGGGCGUUGCUGUGGAAACCAGGAAUUGGAAGGAGUCUGUGCACGCUGCUCAUCUACGCUGUCACCCAGAGGAGUAUCUCUCCACGUUGGAAAAAUUUAUGAUCUCGCUCAACAUCGCCCCCCUCAGGGAGAAGAUGUGAAUGGCUCAUGUGCUAAUCACAGUUUGAUAAUUCAAUAAAGCCUGCAUACUCAUGUUCAAA